GUCAUGACUCCACCCACUAAUCCAAAUUUCCAGGGUUGUGUCGCGACUCUGCGACGAUUAUCCAGAUCGGCUGUCCAACAUCAUUCUCAACGUCGCCAAUUGGACCACAGCGAAAUCAUACAACCAUCAACAUGGCAACGCGCUUCACCCUCAAAUGCGCCCGUGAAUCCAGCGGCCUCAUCCCCCUUCCCAACCUCUGCAUUGGCACCUGGGCCUGGGGUGACUCCAAAACUUGGAACAACGACUCGUCCGCCGCGCGGCAGGACCUCGACGGCGCAUGGGCUUGCAUGCAGAAGCAAGGCCUGAACUUCGUCGAUACCGCCGAGUUCUACGGCUCGGGCGAAUCCGAACGCAUUAUCCGCUCCCUACGCGAUGCGUCCCCGCCUGAAUUUAAGUCCAGCCUAGUCAUCGCGAGCAAGUUCUUGCCCAUACCCUGGCCGUUAUCCCGUUUGAUGAUGCCUAGUGGUAUGGUGAAGUUCUGUCGGGAGAGCUUGGAGAGGUUGGGGUUGGAGACAAUGGAUUUGUAUCAGAUUCAUGGACCGGUGCAUUUUGUGAAUUCGAUUGAUUCCAUGGCGAGUGGGCUGGCCCAGUGCGUCGAGGAGGGUUUGACGAAGGCCGUGGGCGUGAGUAAUUACAGUCGGGAUGAGAUGAUCAAGAUGGAUGAGGCUUUGAAGAAGAGGGGGAUGAGGCUUGCGAGUAAUCAAGUUGAGUUUUCUUUGCUUCGCACGUUGCCGAGUACGGGUGGGUUGUUGGAGGAGUGUAAAAAGAGGGGGAUCUUGAUGAUGGCGUAUAGUCCCCUUGGUAUGGGCCGCCUCAGCGGCAAAUACACCGCCGAGAACCCGCCUCCAUCUGGACGCAGAUUCAGCAACUAUCCGAUGGAGCAGCUAACCCCCCUCCUGGAUACUCUGCACAAGGUUGCCGGUGCUCACGGUGUUAAGCCCAGUGCCGUGGCACUGAAAUGGGUUAUUCAAAAGGGGGCGAUUCCCCUGGGAGGCGUCAAGAACGCCAAGCAAGCAGAGGAAAAUGCACACGCGGCUAGCGACGAGUGGAGUAUUUCCGACGAAGAGAUGGCCGAGCUUGAAAAGCACUCGAUAGUCGGCACGACGAGCAUACAAUGGCAGCAUGGAUAAUAUUGCUAUAACGCACAGUGUACAUUAUAAUAAAUGGCGCAUCCAGGAGAUGUAACUAAGUUAAUCCUGUCUACUACACUGGAAUCUCGUGCUAUCCCCAUAUUAGUCCACCCUCAAUUUUGUUGUUCCCUUG